AUGACCACACAAUCCUUCAAGAAAAGUAACUACAAGGUUAGAUUUCCGCCGGUUGAGGGAAUCGAGGAAUUAGGCAUCUCUGGAAAGGGUAUCAUUGUAAACGAUGACAUCAAGAGUUGGAAAUUUAACAGAAGCAUAUUUUUGCAAACUCUUACAAUACCAAAGUUUUUAAGGCAAGUGGUGGAACUGACGAAACUUCACUUUCAAGAGAUGGAAAAGUACUGGGAGUUCUUCGAUAGAGGGCAAGAUGGAGGCGAGGAGAUUCAACUAGUCGAGUGGAUUCAUAGACUAAACACUGAUUUCAUUUUCCAUAUUACAACCGGGAAAAGAUAUUACGCCUUGGCAUCUUAUCAUUCUUCCCUCCUCUCCUCCGCCAAGAUUGUUUCCGAAAAAUCACCGGAAGAUCAGCCACACUUGUCAGAUAUAACGCCUGAGAUCAUAAAGGAAUCGGAAAUCUUACUUUCCUGCAUAAAUUCUUACUUGAUUAGCCUAAAUUUCUUCGGCCUUUACCCAAGAUUCUUGCGCGCCACAUUGCAGAGGAAACGACGUGAUGAAUUGCUGAAAAAGAAAGAAUGGUUAUUCGGGAAAUUGACGGAGAUCGUUAGAGAAAGGAGAAAGGAGAUCGAUGAGAUCCCAGCCGAUGAGGAAUUAAAUUAUGACAUGCUAACCACAAUGAUCACGGCGAAUACGGAAAGGGACGUUUAUGUGAUAAAAAAGAAUAUGGAAAAAAAAUUGGAAGGUGAUGAAAGACCUUUAAGUGAUGAGGAGAUUGUCGUCAACAUGACGGAAGCUUUUGUCGUACGAAAACGUCUACUCGAAGAACUUGAUACGGUCUUUAACGCAAAAACUUCGGAUUCCUCCUUAACCAACGAAGACAUUUCGAAACUCGUUUACUGUGAAGCCAUCAUCAAGGAGACGGCAAGGUUUGAUCCCGUGGUACCAUUCUUCGACAGGCAAAGCACGGAUACUGACGUUGUGGCAGAUUACUCUUGGGGACCGAAAACUCAAUUCUCAGUAUCAAUCGGUAGAAUACACAAGAAACCGAAAUAUUGGGAAAAUCCGGAUCAAUUUAAUCCCGAUAGGUUUUUGCAACAAAACAUGAAAGUGGAAGAUAAGAAUACCUUCUUGCAAUUUGGAACGGGUUUAAGAUAUUGCCCUGGACACAAGGUUGCCAUGACAGAAAUUAAAUGCUUGAUAGCGUUGUUGUAUAGGAAAUAUGACAUUGAAUUGGUGGACAUGAAUGCACCUUUGGAUACUUCGUACAACACCAUACAAAGAUGUUCGAGUUUGAAAAUCAGGGUCAGGCGUAGAAACGUAUGA